AUGGCAUCACCUUUUCUUGACCUAGAUUAUCCUCGCUGGAAUAAUCCAGUACUAGACCAGAAAUAUUCUCGUUGGAACAAACUAUUUGACACGAUGGACUUUGACGACGAUGAAUCUCUGGGCAGGAUUCUUCAAGCUGCUGGUGCAGCAGAAAGGUUUCAUCCUUUCAACCUCAAGCUCAUUGACGGUACCGACUUAAACGAAUUUGAAAUGCUUACAGUUCGCGACCUUUCAUAUGAAGAUAAAGUCUUCACUCUUGGAAAAGCAACAAAACUUUGCGCGGAUAUGCUCAAAAUCACCAAGUUGAGCCCUGUACGUCGGCCAGAUAUGUAUCUCCAGAUUCGGAGAAAAUUCUGUCGAUUAGCGCCAUAUCUAGAAAAUCUUGAUGAAGAUGAAGCGGAGGCAGAAUUAGAUCGAUGGGCAAGAUGGGGACAUCAUGAAAGACAGGUCGUCACGAGACUUGGAAUAAGACAAUCUGCUCAGGGACAGUACGAUGAUACAGCAUCUCCUGAAAGCAUGAAUGCCAAUGUUGAGAAUAGCGGGGAAGUAACAUCUGUGAGAAAUGCAGCAGAAGCAGAGAUAUUUGAGGCGGCUAAGGCUCUUAUUUCGAUGAGCUCACAGGAAAGUGCAGAUGGUCUGGUCAUAACUCCCGUUCCAACUCUACAGAGACCCAUCUCCAAGAAGAGAAAGCGCGAAGAGUCAUAUGCGGGCGACUUACCAAUUUCUCGGGGGCGUUUUGUCGGAGUCGAAUUAAAACAGAAAGAAGACAUGCCAGAGAAGCCAAAACAUAAUACAUUUGCGAAUAAUUCCACGUACUGGCUACUUGAUGAGAUAGAUACUUUAUGCGAAAUCUUGAAUGGCUACACAACAGAAUCUUUCACAGGAACACGACCAAUGUCAGACAUUUUGAAGUCAGUUACUGAAGAGUUUAAUCAUCGCUGUGCGGGUCGCUUACAAGAGAAGGGCGCUCUUAGAAAAGAUGGCAAAGAUAAACUAAACGAUGAUCGUUAUGCACCAAAAAGGAGUAUUGAAAGUAUCCAAAAUAUUUGUCGAUAUGACUACCGCUUGGAGAGGAUCCUAGCAGAGUACAAGAAUCUAAAGAAGGGAAUGAACAUUGAGGUGGAUGAGGAAUCAAUUCAAGUGGAAGAUUAUGAGGGAGAUCAAAGUCUCCCACGAAUGUUCAAAUGGAAAGGAAUCAGAUACAUUGACAACAACGACCGUGCAGAGGCAGAACCUCACAAACCGGAUAAGAGCAAGACCAUUAUUCAGUACAUAAGUUUAAUCACUGAGCCGAAACAAGACAUCCCUGAACACUUUAAAUUGGACCGAGUUCUAUUUGAAUACAAACCGAAAAUGAAGUGGAACUCACGAAAUGCUGUUACGGCGCUUAACCAAUGGCGUCAAAUAAUGUUACACAGGACAUCAGGGGCUCCUCUAGAAGGAAAGAAAACAGGGCUCGGUUUUAAUUGUGCUUGGUCUUCGGAGGAACAAUACAAACUCGGGAACAUAAUGAUCAAGCGACUGGAUGAAACUAGUCUUCGCACAAAAACUUAUUCAAAGGUGGAUUUUUCGUCGGUCACUAAAGAAUUUAACGACACCCUCGGAGUAUAUCGGAACAAAAAGCAAAUCAAAAAAUUCGUUAACGGUAAGGACGUCAGAAGAUUGAAAGAUGACUACAUGAGAGAACAGAAUGAGAGAAAGCGAGAGAUGGAGGAUACGAAUGCGACAGCUGCAUUUGCAUUGUCGGCGAAGAAGUCAAGAAUUUCCUCUUUCGACGAUGAUCAGUAA